GAGCAUGUGCAGUGUCUCCUCCUUCGGCAGUGGGGGCUGAUGGGCAGAUACUGCCCAAAUGCUCAUUCAUCAGAAGAGGCUUUCGCUCCGGGUCUCCCCUGGGCCUCGAGCAGAAAGCGUCUCUGCCACGGAGAUACAGAGCUGGGAGCCUUCAAGGUCCUCCGCCACUCUCAGCAAGCCCUGCUCUCGAUGGAGAGGAGAUCGUUGGGUGAUGGAUGUGGGCUUCCAGGGAAGGUGCUCGCGCUGGUUCCGAGCCCUCCGGGGAAGAUAUUCGAGCGCGGAGCGUAAGCGCAGGGCACGCCAGCCCGGGGGCCGCGGAAGCAGGCGCUGCGCGUCUCUGCACCACCGGGCCGCCUCCCAGCCCUCUUUCCCCAGUUUGCCCUGCUGCCGCAGUCCGGGCCCAGAUUAAUUAUCUGCACUUGUGAGUGGGCACACACACAAGUUCUCCGGACACGAUCCUUUCAUCUGUUUCCCCGGCGGAGUCCACCUUUUUAAAGAUUAACCUCCCAGCUACCGCUGGCAAGGGGGCAGGAUGCGAGUGAGGCGGGGAGGGGCGUUUCACACGUUCAGAGGCACCAAAAUUAGCUGCCAGUGCUAAAAGGCUUUGUUUUCUUCGAUUUUUGACAAACAAAUGAGGUGGGAUGCUUGCUUGGCCCCCCGCUGCCCCAGCCCGAGCCCUUGGCUCACUUAGCAGCCUGAUGCCGACUUUCAGACGCAGUCCUGUUCUGCUUACACCAGGGGUUCUUCGCCCCCUUGCCGAAGUCUGCAGCCCGGUGGAUGCUGGGCGCGGGCUUUCCCUGGGCGCUUUAACGCGGCUUAGGCUAAAGCCCCAGAGCUCCCACCUUCUCACCUCCUGUUUAUCGGCCCGCCCCUCUACCACAGCCAAAGGACGUGCCCCUUCAGUAGUGUCGGGGAUCCCAGCCCCAGCGCGGGGGAGGGCGCCUCCCUAUCCCCUCCUCCCCGUCGCCGCCUCGGCUCGGGGUUUUACUGCAGCAGCCGGAGGUGACAGCGACGCCUCAGCCGCCUCUGUUGCUCUCGGAGCCCCUGCUUCCCCUGCACUGGGAAAGCGCCCCCUCCCGAGAGGCUUGUCUCUGGAGAAGUGCGAACGAGCUGCAGAAAACCAAAUUUUAAAAUGUGGAAGUCGUUGAGCUGCAUUCCUCCAAGGACCAGUCUGAUCGCCCAGGACUGAGAGUGGCAGCGUUUGAGAAGUUGGGACCAUAGAGCAAGGGGGGGAGGGGAGUGUUGCAGCAGGCAUUCUCUUCUGGAAGGAGUCGCUGGGAGCAGUGCGGUUGGACACAAGUUUGCGUAGGAGUGUUUUCCUUUUGUCAAUAAUUAAUCACCGGAAUUAGCCAGGUAGAAUUUGAGUUUUAGCAAUAGUCCUGAGGGCGGGGCCGAACACCUAACUCCGGGAGGCUCCCAGGCGCCCGGCACAGUGGGAAGCUCGCAGCAGCUGGGGAGGAGCCAAAGCCUCGGCGCUCACCUAAGCCGCAGGGAGAUACACCCAACUAGGAGAUGAGGAAACAGCAACCCAGAGAGGAGAAGUAACCCACACUGGAUCAUUUCGUGAAGGAGCAAGGUUGAAGACCCAGACCUGGACUUUCUUAGGACAAACUUACUGCAACUUGAAGGAGCCAACCAUGGAUUUGAGGCGCGUGAAGGAAUAUUUCUCCUGGCUUUACUAUCAAUACCAAAUCAUUAGCUGCUGUGCUGUUUUAGAGCCCUGGGAGCGAUCUAUGUUUAACACCAUCUUACUAACCAUUAUUGCUAUGGUGGUAUACACUGCCUAUGUCUUUAUUCCAAUCCACAUUCGCCUGGCUUGGGAAUUUUUCUCAAAAAUAUGUGGAUAUCACAGUACCAUUUCUAAUUGAUCUUGUUCACGUUCAGUGAAAUGGCAUUGCAUAUUUAUAUAUUGCUUACAACUUAUUGAUUUAGGUAACUAUUGUGUCUUCCUUCACUAUCUGACCUGAAAAGCACUCUCUUCUCUAUGCACUCAUAUUCUGCCUUUCUGCCUGGAGUUUGAAAUAGAUGUCUCUUUAGUUUCUUUCGCACAUGCUACAUUGUGCAUCAGACCAUAGAUAAUACAAUGACUUUACCUCACAAAUCAAAUUCUCUCAACACAAAUCUAUGAAUUUACUUUAUUUAAAAUCAGAACAAUUUCCUACAAAAUUUUUUUUGGAAAAUAAGCUCAUAACAGACCUACUAGAAUCAUACUUAAAGUACUCCCUUGACACUUAUUCUAUACUGAAGGGUAAAUUUUUAAAAUUCUUUUUAGGCUACUGUCAGAAGUAUCCUAUCUUUGUUUAUGAUGUAUAAAAAGAUGUGAAUAAAUUAUAUGGAACCCCUAAGUCUUAUUUUCUAGUAAACUGAUGAUACUGGAAAUUCUUUUACUUCAAAUACAAAAGAAUAAGCUGGAGGCAAUUAUUUCCUUUCAUACACAGUUCAUGAAUUGUUUUAAAUGCUUCUUAAAGUCUGGCUUUAUAACCGUUUAAAAUCAACAAUGUUGAUUUUAGAUAACCAAGUAAGUAUUGUAAUACAAAAUAAUUUUAAGUGUAGGAAACUAAAGUAUAAUCAAAGUAAAUUCAGAUAUUGUGAUUUGUGGUAUUGCCUUGCCUUGCAUAAUGCUGGGGGGAAAAGAGAAAGGAAAUUGUUUUCUUUUUGUGCUUUUAUUCAGCGGAGGGGAAAAAAGCAUGUAUUGGGCCACAGGAAGAAAAGCUAAUAAGUAGGCUGGAAGUAAUAUUCUACCAGCAGGAACUCAACAGCUCCAGUUAAGUGCUUUGAUAUAGUGGCUCUUUUGCAGAGCCAAAACAAGAUUUAUUAAAUUUCCUUCAAAGUGUUUAUCUUUAAAACAAAUAUAAGGUUUUAAUUAUACUGCUGAAGUGAAUGUGAAUGCCAAAGACUAAGUUUUACAGUUUUGCUUUCCUCCCAAUAAAUAUUAAUGUAUGUAAUUCUAGAGGGUAAAAAUGUAAAUAGGUUUGAACAAUAUUUGCACCCUUGUUUGUGUUAUGAAAAAAUUUUUUCCAAGGCGAGCUGGAGAGAAAGAUGUUUGGCAUGCCAAAUUAACUUGCAUGUUUGUUAAAAAAACAAACACAUGUUUUGAAGAGAAACCAGAUCUGAACAUGUAUUUGUUGAGUUUUGCAAAAUAAAAUUAAUUUUGUAAGUAAAUAUCUA